GAUCGACAAUAAUUUCUAAUAAAAAAAUUGCAUGACAUUCAUAUUAUACCUACUUAAAUCAUAAAUAACUAUUAUUAAUACAAAAAGUUAGAAUGAAUCAAUAAUUGAUGCUAAUCAAUAACCAGUGUCCGCCUACGUAGAAUGAAACAGCAUAGUCAUUGCCAGUAAACCAAUCGCAUAACGUUUCCGCUCCUCCCCUCUGAUAAACGUCAAAUUAUAUACAAAUUACAAUAACAAUAAACACAAUGAAAAUUAGUGAAAAAUACAAAACGUGAAAUAAAAUUCAAUAAAAAUGGAACUGUUUCGGUCGGAAUCUUAUUAUAUAUUUGUCAGGAAUGAGUCGAGCCUUUGGUGGAAUCGAAUAACUGGUGCAUUUUCAGUUCGUUCAGCAUGGGACCUAUCGGAUAUCGAAGAUAUAGAAUGCUUGGGUAUAACAGAAGGAAUUAUAGGAAAAGUAGAACACACAAAUAUAUACGAGCCACGGUUGAUUAUAAUAAAAGAAAGCGUGCCCGUCGGUCAAAUAUAUUUCCACCAUACAAUAUAUAAAAUAAAAUCAAUAUGCUUCCUGAACAUGGGAGCUACAAAUCAAGAGGUAGAUUUAUGUCCAUGUACUAAACACGGCUCUUCGACUAUACUUGCGAACCGAGGGGGCGGUAAGAAAAUGGGUGCUCGCUUGUUUGAGAAUUCUGUGUUUCUUAACAAAACUGCUGGCGCAGUCAAGAAUGUGAGCAACACUAUCAAAACAACCACACAGCAGGCUGCUACACAGGUGAAACAGACAGUCAAAAAACAACGAGACCCAAAAUUAGCAGAGCGUUUUGAAAAACGACUCACUGAUGAGCUCCACAAGAUAUUUGAUGACUCAGACAGUUUCUAUUACUCACGGACACUUGACCUCACAAACAGCUUGCAACGACAAUACGAAAUUGAAAAAGUUUUGGAAACGGAGGAGGGUAACAAGAAACCGAUCACGGAUAUCACUAGAUGGUGGAAACAUGUUGAUGAUAGAUUCUUCUGGAACAAACAUAUGCUUAGGGAUAUUAUAGCCUUGGAGAGUCCAGAUUGUGACCAAUGGGUACUGCCCAUCAUCCAAGGCUACGUCCAUCUCUCACAAAUAGCAGUGGAGCCAGCCGAUGCCAAUCCCCUGAACACAGAGUCAUUGUCAAACUCUAGCACAUGUGAUGAAACAUUCACUUUGGGACUCAUUUCCAGACGAUCAAGAUAUCAGGCUGGGACUAGGUAUAAUCGCAGAGGCAUUGAACCAGAGGGCAAAGUGGCUAACUAUGUGGAAACAGAACAAAUUGUCUCCAUCAUAUGCUCCGACAGUAUACACAGGGCUUCCUUUGUGCAGGUCCGUGGAUCGGUGCCAAUAUUUUGGAGCCAGCCCGACUACAAGUUUCGACCUCCCCCGAGACUUGAUAAAACGGAAGAGGAAUCGCAUGCAGCGUUCAAAAAGCACUUCGAAGACGAGCUCAAGAUGUACAAGCAAGUGUGUAUAGUGAACCUGGUGGAGCAGCAGGGCCGCGAGCGCGUCAUAUGGGAGGCCUACUCCAACCACGUGCUGCGGUACAACAGCCCCGACGUCAUAUACGCCACCUUCGACUUCCACGAGUACUGCCGCGGAAUGCACUACGAGAACGUCAGUAUACUGAUAAACGCGAUCGCCGACAUCAUAUGCGAGAUGCGAUUUUGCUGGCGCGACGACCGCGGCGUUAUCUGCACGCAAAAUGGCGUCUUUCGUGUCAAUUGCAUCGACUGUCUUGAUCGCACCAACGUUGUUCAGACGGCAAUAGCGAAAUAUGUUUUGGAACUGCAGCUGUGUAGACUGGGCCUGGGUACCCCAGGCUGUGGCCUCCCGCCGUCGUUGAGACAAGCUUUUCUGACCAUGUGGGCAGACAGUGGUGACUUGGUAUCACGGCAGUAUGCUGGGACUAAAGCGUUGAAAGGUGAUUACACACGCACUGGUGAAAGAAAGUUUACAGGAAUGAUGAAAGAUGGUGUAGCAUCCGCAAAUAGGUAUUAUCUGUCAACGUUCAAGGACGCCCUUCGCCAAGUGGCCAUAGACGUAAUGACAGGAGAAUCCCGAUUUAUUCCGGAGCAGCUGAUCGUUCCGGAUGGCACCCGCUGCACGUCUGUUAAGGUUCUUACGCUGAAUGACCAACCUGUACCGGACACAGCAGCAAUGGCCCAACACGUCAAAUCCUUGAUCGACGACUGCAAGAAGUUACUCGUCGAUACUGAACCAGUGCUUGGUUCGUGGGGACUUAUUGAUGCUGACCCACACACUGGCGAUCCCCAGGAAACUGAAAUGGACAGUGUGCUGGUGUUAACAAGUGAGGCGUACUACGUGACCGAUUAUGAUGAAACUUCAGACCGCCUGCUGUCCGUACAGAGAGUUCCCCUGAGGGACGUCACUUCCGUCGAACUGGGGACUUUGGACUCCAGUGCCACGAUCUUCAAUGUUGGCCGCAAGAACACGACAGAGCCAGUGCACUGUAUACGUAUAAACUAUGUAUACAACACCGAAUCCGGCUACUUUCAUAUGUUCAGAUCAACUUCGCUGAGAUUCUUCAACAAUAUGGCUGUGGUUAUUAACACUAAGGAUGAAAUGAUUGAAUCAUUACACUCCAUUUGCGAGUCGUUGGUAGUGGCUCGCGAUAUCGCAAAACUACCACCGAUAUCGUUCCAUGAUGGCGUCAAACUGGAAAGGAAAAAGUCUAAGGUGCAUCCAACGCAAGGCACGUCGGGCGGCGCGAGGUCGUCCCUGUAUUUGGACUUGUCUCGACUGCCCACACUCACUCGAAACGUGAGCGAAACUCAACUGGUCGCAGAUAUACGAAGCGUUGGAUCAAAAGCUCUGAACAACAUGACCGAACAGUUCAGCAAACUAAACAAACUGGGCGCGAGAGCUCGACCGAGUUUACAGUUGAAAUUCGACCAAGGCGCUUCGCGUACUAAGAAAAUUUUCACGUUAGGCCAAAACAAAUCCGAUGGCAAAAAGAAGGGAAGCCAAUCCGACGGUUUGAGUUCCGAUUACUCCUCGGACGACGAAAACAGAACUAAUAUCUUCGAACCAACGUUGGAUAAUUUCGAAAACAUGCAACACUAUAUCGGCGGUCAACAGAAGAAGGACGAAAAUGAUUGCGAUCUGAUCGAAAAUCCUUUGUAUUCCUCCAAAAUUGAACCUCACGAAGAAACUGUAGAAGCUAGUAUACCAAUUUCAACAGAAAAGCAAACUCUAAAAACUCCAAGCAAUAAUUUCAAAAGAAAUCCGUUCGACUCAGAAUCGAUAACCCCUGAAAUUCAAGUCGAAAUGGAUGGGACGUUCAACAAACCAGCGCCACCUAAUUCUUUAUUGCUAUCCCAAAAGUUAUCCCAAAGUUCGGGGUACAUCAACUUCGAUGAGGGGUCCAAUAUUGCGGAAGGUGUCAGCUACCAUAUGAGGUCGAACUCUCAACAUGAAAUUACGUUCAAUAUUGCUCAGUCGCACAGUGAAUCCGCUUUGAAACAGUUGAAAAAUAUCGCCAGUCCGGUAUCAAGUGCUACAAGAGAAAUGGUGUUGUCGCCUUUAUCCAAAUUGGCGAAAGGCGUGCAGACUUUGGGAGCUAACUUGGACCCGAGGAAGAUAAAGGGCCCGGCGUCAGUGAAACAUAUUUCCGAACAACAAUACGAAGAGCACAAAAAACUGCAGGAAAAAUGGCAGGACUGCAACACACGACUCGUCGCCCUGUAAAAACCCAGUAGGUAUAGCUCGUGUCACGAAAGUUGAAACACAAUAGUCAAUUUUAGAACAAGCAGUGGUUUAAAGCUUAGAUCUAUAGAACGCACUUUGACUUUGCUCAGGCUUAAGACAGACGAUUCUCCAUUGGCACUCUAAUAGGGAUGUUUUUUUUAAAACUCGGAUACAAGUUAGAGCCUCGAUAGCUCAACGGUUGAGGAGUGAAUUCCGGAAGGUCCGCGGUUCA